AUGGAUUCUUCUCGAUCCCAGCGGGCGCAGCCCCCCAACGCCCAAGAUGGUCGCUUUCACUACCCUCAAUACAAACCCCAAUCUCAACAGCAAUCGCAGGAACGAUCGCAACAAUCUCCCUACGCCCAACCAUCUCAAUACUCACAAUUCCCCCCUCACCCUUCCGUCCGUCCUCCUCAAGGUGCCAAGUUGAGUGCUCGACAGGUUCCUGCCGGCGUUGGAGUCGCUCCGCCUCCCGUGAGACCCCAAGACCUCCAACAGCCACGACCCAACAACUCGGGCGUCUUAAUCCAAGACUUCAGAUUCCCACCGGCUCCUCCUCCUCCAGGUACCAGGAGCAGGCAAGAACGAAAUAAUAUGCACGAGUCAUACAUGUCUUCGGUUUUGGAUGAUUUCACACCAGGAACAACUCCCGGUUCGCGCUCUCGUGGCUUUCCAACUCCGAGGGGGCGAUAUUCUGGCUCCGUCUAUGCCGAAAGUGAGGCAUUGGGAGUGGACGAACGUUACGCACAGGGCAGAUACAGUAUCGAAGACACGAGGCCCAGCUCCCCUGAAAACUCUCCACAGAUGGUUCGUCAAGCCAGUGUAGGAAAACGUGCAAAGCCCGCCGUCACAACCAUCAAGACUCGAAUGAGCCAUCUUGAACAAGAUAUACCCGAGGAAGCCUCCAUUCGAACUCCUGCAAGCAAAAAUGCCGCCAUGGCUGCUUUGAGUGCUGCAAUUGCGGCAGGCACGGGUAACAAGCCCAUCGAUUUCAAUGAUAGUGCACCUGGAUCAAGGAGCUAUACCCCUGUGAGGAUGCCCUUCGAUACUUCACCUCCUGCCUCGCCUUCGCAAGACCGAGAGUACCUCCGCACCCCGAAGACGGCCACCACGUUCUCAUCCGCCCACAUCCUCUCCCAAUUCCCCACCGAUAGCAAUGGUGUUUCUCUACCCAGUACAUCUCUCCCCAGUACUGCUCACUCGAGAAAAUCCACAAACCCACUCAUGGGCUUGGGCAUUGAUCAACCUCCUGCUAUGAGCAGCAAGAUCCCUGCCAGUAAGAGGCCUCCACAACUCGAUAUGGACGCCGUUAGAGAUGCCGAAGCUAGAGGAAGUACAACAAGUCUGGCUGAUCUCAUCAAGAGAGCGACCAAAUUAGCGGCCAAUCUGGACAGAGGUAAAACUGCCAGCCGUCUUGGAAUGCUAGACAUGUUUGGCAGUCAAGAAAAGCUCAAUGGAGGUAAUCGUCAUUCCACCAUGUCUGAUAUGAUUUCGGCUUUUCCAGCUCCAGCCAUUGGAGGCACCCCAACCAACCGUCGCGAUGGCAAUUGGCCAUUAAGUGAAAAGGGCGACCCCUUUGCUUCGACUACCGAACUCUCAAACACAAAGGGAAAAAGACCCCGACGAAAACUCUGUGGUUUAUCCAUCCCUGUGUUCAUCACCGUCCUUAUUGUCGUUGUGGUCCUGAUUGCUGCCGCCGUACUAAUACCCAUCUUCCUAAUCCUUGUACCAAAACAAAACCGCAACAACAAUAGUAAUUCUUUGGCCAAUUGUGCUGCCGAUUUUCAAUGCCAAAAUGGUGGUAUAAGCAUUGUUAGUUUCGACAAGUGCCAGUGUAUCUGCGCUGACGGCUUCACUGGUAGCCAAUGCACCACGCCCGGAAAUGCUCAAGACUGCGUCACCAUCUCCUUGACAGAAGGAUCCAACGAGUACAACAAUGCUACCAUCGGAAAAACUGUCAUGCCGAUUCUAUCACCACAGAAUCAAUUCGGCAUCCCUCUUAAUGUCUCAACCAUUUUAUCUCUAUUUUCCUCCAACAAUCUUUCCUGUACCAGUGAGAACACGCUGGUAGACUUCAACUCCAGCGCUUUGAAUUCAGGUUCCAACAAAAAGCGGUUUAUCAUUCUACCCGAAUUCGAAUUACCAGGUUCUACCGGCCCACCACCAGUCAUUCACGCAAAUCCUCCUGCACCUCAAGUGACAAAUCCUGCUAUCUGUACAGGCGAUGUACAGCUCGAGAGACGACAGGGUGAUAUCAACACAUCCAAUGGCAUCGUCUUCCAAGGUUCAUCAUCGACCAUUGACAGUGAGGCUAGUGAGCCUACUACAACGGCUACCUCAUCUGCCAACAGUGCGGGUGUAACGGCAUCGCCAACCGGAUCCGAAUCAGUGUCUACAACAGCCUCUUCUGCUGCAACUGGGACUACCUCGACUGCUAGACCAAGCUCAAAGAUCACAGAUAAGGAGAUCGAAUUUGCUCAAGUGGCGGUCAUGUAUGUCUUUCAAGAAAUCCGUACUGUGAGUGUCGCCGUCAAUGCACAGCAACAAAUCGAGAUGUUCUUCUCCCAAAAACAGAGCAACAGCACCAAUAGUACCGAGGGUUCUGUGAAUCUCGAGACUGGAGACCUGAACCUGUCACUGAAUUUCGAUGACUUCACGAUAGUCUAUGGCAAUUCGACAAUUGUUGGGGGCAAAUGA